CUCCCAAGUUCACCGGCGAGCAGCGCUUGCAGGCUCGACAAGGUGCGGAGCUGAGCGCCGGGCUCCCGCUUGCACUGGGCGCGAGCGGAGCUGCGAGGGAGGGGGCGGGCGCCCAGGUCCCGCCUCCCCUGGCCGCGUGCACACACACGCCCACCGCGGCUAGGCUGGAGGAGCGCGGGCGAGUGUGAGCGCGGGCGAGUGUGAGCGCGAGUGUGCGCACGCCGCGGGAGCCACUCUGCCCUCUCCUCGCACCCUGCCCAGGGCAUCUCGAGAGGCUGGAAACGUGAACAGGCUUAAAGUAUGGCAUGUUGCGAAGAUGGUUUCUGUCCAGAAGGUACCCGCGAUCGCGCUGUGCUCCGGGGUCAGCCUCGCCCUCCUGCACUUCCUGUGCCUGGCGGCUUGUUUAAACGAAUCCCCAGGACAGAACUCAAAGGACGAGAAAUUAUGCCCGGAAAAUUUUACCCGUAUCCUGGACAGUUUGCUGGAUGGUUAUGACAACAGGCUGCGACCUGGAUUUGGGGGUAUGGAUUGUUUGAAAACAUGCAAGUGUGCUCUGUCUGUCCGUCUCUGGUCUGCCUGUCUAUUUGUGGAAAUAUCAUUAGGUCCUGUUACAGAAGUGAAAACUGAUAUAUAUGUCACCAGCUUUGGACCUGUUUCUGAUGUUGAAAUGGAAUACACAAUGGAUGUGUUCUUCAGACAGACAUGGAUUGACAAAAGACUAAAAUAUGAUGGCCCCAUUGAAAUCUUGAGGCUGAACAAUAUGAUGGUCACCAAAGUUUGGACCCCUGAUACUUUCUUCAGGAAUGGAAAGAAAUCUGUCUCACAUAACAUGACAGCUCCAAAUAAGCUUUUUAGAAUUAUGAGAAAUGGCACUAUUUUAUACACAAUGAGACUCACCAUAAGUGCGGAGUGUCCUAUGAGACUGGUGGAUUUCCCUAUGGAUGGUCAUGCCUGCCCUUUGAAAUUUGGGAGUUAUGCCUAUCCCAAGAGUGAGAUGAUCUACACCUGGACCAAAGGCCCUGAGAAGUCUGUGGAGGUGCCAGAGGAGUCUUCUAGCUUAGUUCAAUAUGACCUCAUUGGGCAGACUGUAUCAAGUGAGACCAUCAAAUCUAUUACAGGUGAAUACAUUGUGAUGACAGUUUACUUCCACCUCCGACGGAAGAUGGGCUAUUUCAUGAUUCAGACGUAUAUCCCAUGCAUCAUGACAGUGAUCCUUUCUCAAGUUUCCUUCUGGAUAAACAAGGAGUCUGUUCCAGCUAGAACCGUAUUUGGAAUAACCACAGUCCUCACGAUGACCACCCUAAGCAUCAGUGCUCGGCAUUCUUUGCCCAAAGUGUCCUAUGCGACUGCCAUGGAUUGGUUCAUAGCUGUCUGUUUUGCUUUUGUAUUUUCGGCUCUUAUUGAGUUUGCUGCUGUCAACUAUUUCACCAACAUUCAAAUGCAAAAAGCCAAAAAGAAGAUAGCAAAGCCUCCUCCAGAAGUUCCAGCUGCUCCAGUGCCAAGAGAGAAACAUCCAGAAACAUCUCUCCAGAACACACAUGCCAAUUUGAACAUGAGGAAAAGAACAAAUGCCUUGGUCCACUCAGAAUCGGAUGUCAACAGCAGAACUGAUGUGGGAAAUCAUUCCAGCAAGACCACUGCUGUCCAGGAGUCUUCUGAAGCCACACCAAAGGCUCACUUAGCUUCCAGUCCAAAUCCAUUCAGCAGGGCAAAUGCAGCUGAGACUAUGUCUGCAGCAGCCAGAGGUCUUUCAUCUGCAGCAUCGCCCUCUCCUCACGGCACAUUGAGGCCAGCUUCUUUGGGGUCAGCUCCUACUCGCCCUGCAUUUGGAUCUAGACUUGGGCGAAUAAAGACAACAGUUAAUACAACAGGGGUGGCUGGGAAUGUGUCAGCUGCACCUCCUGCCUCUGCUCCACCACCUUCUGGAUCUGGCACAAGUAAAAUAGACAAAUAUGCUCGCAUUCUCUUUCCAGUCACAUUUGGGGCAUUUAACAUGGUCUACUGGGUUGUUUAUUUAUCUAAGGACACCAUGGAGAAAUCAGAAAGUCUAAUGUAAUUUUGUUGCUAUAGUAAUUU